CGUAAUUUCUUCCGCGUUGGCCUGGACGUGGCAACUGCAUCACAGAGGAGAGAUAGAAGCGCAACACAGAUACUCCCAGAAAAAGUCGUAUAACAUUUAGUUUCUAAAUAUUUUUCACUUUUACAACGCUGAGGGAAACGCUCGAACAACAUGGGGCUCACUAUAUCAUCGUUGUUCUCGAGACUUUUUGGCAAGAAACAGAUGCGGAUACUCAUGGUCGGCUUGGAUGCUGCUGGUAAAACCACUAUCUUGUACAAACUGAAGCUGGGAGAAAUCGUUACCACUAUUCCAACUAUCGGUUUUAAUGUUGAAACAGUGGAAUACAAGAAUAUCUGUUUCACAGUAUGGGACGUUGGCGGCCAGGACAAAAUCCGUCCCCUGUGGAGGCAUUACUUCCAAAACACACAGGGCCUGAUCUUUGUAGUUGACAGCAAUGACAGAGAAAGAGUACAAGAGUCUGCAGAAGAGUUGCAAAAGAUGUUGCAAGAGGACGAAUUGCGAGAUGCUGUACUGCUGGUAUUCUCAAACAAACAGGACUUGCCAAACGCCAUGGCAGUGAGUGAGCUUACAGACAAACUAGGACUGCAGACCCUCCGCCAUAGAACUUGGUAUGUCCAGGCAACCUGUGCCACCCAGGGUACUGGUUUGUAUGAAGGAUUGGACUGGUUAUCCAGCGAACUGUCAAAGCGCUAAAUCAAAGAUGAAGAGAGCUGGAACCCAAGCAAGCAAAAAGAGAGAGUGCAAGAUAGAAAAUCUGAGAAUUUUACAGAGAGAAAAAGCCUAAAUUAUCAGUGUCUGUCUGGUAGAACUUGAAGUUAUGGACAUUGCAAUCCGUUCCUGAUGUAAAAUCUUUUUUUUUUUUUUUGGUCUUUCUUGUUGUCUGUGUCACUUAGUCUUUUCCUUUUUAUUUUUAUUUUUUGGCCCAAAGGAAUACUAUGUUCAAGUUGCAUGUUUUUAAAUAAAACAAACAAACAAACGAA